UUCAUUUUAUUUUAUUUUAUUUUAUUUUAUUUUUAAUAUAAUUAAUAAACUAGACAAAAAUCAAAUAAAUUAUAAAAAACUCGGUUUAUAUUUUUUUUUUUGGUCAUAUAAUAAUGUCUUCAGUAACUCAGCUAGCUACCAUCGGAGUCAAAGCUGACCCAAAGUUUUUAAGAGACCCUUCUGCGCUGGAGUCCAUUUCUUCAGCCUUAUAUGGACUAUCUUCAUAUGUAGCUUAUUCUUUACCUACUUCGAUCUCUUCGUUACGUAAAAGCAGCCCUGCGUCUGACCAUAAUGCUUAUCAACACUCAAUAAAUCAUCAUCACGAAAUAGAUCCGCAAAACCAUCCAAUGCCUCCUGAUGGGCUGGUUGAAAAAAAAAAGGAUGUUAUUGUAUAUGCAGCUUUUGAUGAAAUUGUAUCUGCAUCUUCUAACAAACCUAAUACAUCAAUAAGCCAAUCUGUUCUUAUGUUAGGUUAUCCAGAUGGAUUUCAGAUAUGGAAUGUAACAAGUGUGGACAAUAUCCAUGAACUCGUCUCGAUAAGAGACAAAGAAAAACUUGGAGAAGUGGCGUAUAUAAAGUCAAUACCAAAUCCACGUUAUACUUCGAAACAUGCUCGUGAUAUAUUUGCAGAUGUUCGACCGCUAGUUGGUUUAAUCUGUAUAUCGACUCCGGAACGUGAAGAUGGUAUUCAAGGGCCUCUGUCGAAACCAAAAAGCGUAUUAAAUUUUUUUUCACUAAAAACACAUCAAAUUGUAAAAACUUUAGACUUUGAGAACGAGGGGAAUAUCGUUGGUGUAAAAUGUAACGAGCGUGCGAUUGUUAUCAGCUUGAGCAAUCCUGCAAAGUUACAUAUAAUAUCACCUUUAACACUAGCUCCCUUGUUUCAAUCAAUGUUGCAAGAUAUCGCGCUUCACCCAUCUACUAGAGCUCCAAUUUUUACAUUGGGUUCCAGAUUGUUAGCGUAUGCAACAACGAGCCAACCGUCCGAACCUAAUGGAAAAAAGGAUAGUGAUUUGGGCGAUAGUGAUGAAAUAGUUGAUGGUUCUUCUGGCAAAUAUCAAAUAGUUGCAAAAGAAGUUGCAAAAGAAGUAGUAAAUGGUGUAAAGUUUCUGGGUGAUUAUGGGUAUCAAACACUUUCAGCUUAUUUUGCAAACUCGUCAAAUUCACAAGCUAUACCCCAAAUAAAACAAUCAUCAUCUAUGCCAAUUAAUAUACAAAAUCAUUCAGGAGGAAUGAGUCCUGCUUCGCGUGGUUCUUUUUCACCUUCACCUAGUCCAUCAAAUGGACAUUAUUAUAAUUCGAGGACUGGAAGUGUUGGCUGUGGUAGCGGUGAUAGUGGUAAUGGGUUCAUGGCCGCGGCCAACAACGGAAUGGAAACUGAAAAAGAUAGUGGAGCUAUAGGAGCAAUUAUUAUUCGCGACCUUGGCGCUCCUUACGGUUCUAAUAAAAAAGAACCAUCAAUUAUAGCGCAUUUUGCACCACAUACACAUCAUGUUGGCCAAUUAUCAUUUAAUCCAUCUGGUACUCUAUUAUUUUCAACUUCUGUUCAAGGUCACAAAUUUCACGUUUUUGAAAUUCUUGGUAAACGUCGCAGAGGUAGAAGUAAUCAUAAAGUUAAACAUAUGUAUAAAUUAGCACGAGGUUAUACUUAUGCUAGUGUAAGCGAAAGUGGUGUUGGGUGGAGUAGUGAUUCUAGAUGGUGUGCUGUGGCGAGUGGUAAAGGAACAAUCCAUUUAUUUGCAAUAAAUCCCUAUGGAGGACCGACUCAUAUACUCUCCCAUAUAUCGGGGUUGGUUAAAAAUAUGGAUGAACCAUAUAGUUCGACUACACAAUCUCCAGUCGUGCGAAUUAAGUCACGAGCACCUUUACCAGCAGAUCCUACUGAAGUAGCUGCUAAUGGAUUUUCACAAAAUAAUAUUUACCCUAUUAAUCCUCAUGAAUAUUACUCUUUUCCUCCUCCUGAUUCAAAUUCUUCUUUCACGACUACAAGUCCUUCACGUCGUCCUAACCCAAUACAUUACAAUAACACUAAUAUGUAUCCACAUCAUCUCAAUGGACAACUACAUCCAUUUUCCUAUAAUAUUCCUCCAAACUCUUUUCAUCUUACAAGGAAACCUCCAGGAAUAUGCAUUAAAUUUCUUCCUUCAUUAUCCAAUAAUUCUAAAACUGGUUUAACAGCUGGUAAUACAUCCGCAAAUUCUAGCAAUAAAAAUGGGCGAAGAAGAACUCAAUCAUGGUCUCAAAAUUCUUUGUCAAGUGUUAAAAAUACUAGCCGUCAGUAUCUUGAAGUGGAAGACUUGGAUUCCAAACAAGAGGAUAUUGGAUACCAGGAUAUAUUAAGUUUUCAUCCGACUGGUAUUUUGACUUUACAUAGAGUAUGGAUGGAAGGAAUUGUGGUUGGGGAACAGGAUAGCUCUUCUCGUCAAGGGGGUAAUCAAGAAUUAAAUAAUCUAAUUACAAUGGCAGGUACACCAUUGGCUGGUAGUGCAGCUGCUGUUGCCAAUGUUGGUAGAGCACUAGUUGGUGGAGCAACAACUGUUGUAGGAGGAAUUACAGGUGUCACGAGAAAAGAAGCUGGUUCUUUAGACAUGGUUACGAAUUAUGAUGAUGUUGCUGAAUGGCAAUUAGUACGUAGUAAUAAUUGGGCUGAGGUUAAAAAUGUUUUUGAAACACCUAAACUGCUCACAGAAGGUGACAUAAUAGUUAAAAGGGAUAGUAAUAAUAAAUGGCUGGCAAAUGCUGAAAUUGCCACACAUACCAGUUCUAGAACAUCAUUGCCCCCAUCUUUAUGGGCCAAUCCUCAAUUCACCUUCCAAACAUUUUUACCUGGUCAUAAAGAAACUAUUCGCAAAGGUGAAAUACCACGUUCAAAGAAAAUUGAAAUACGAAGGGAGGUAAUUGAACAUGUCGAAGUUAAUGGUAAUACAGAUACCUUGGGAGUAAAUGGAUGGGUAAAUAAUGGAAAAAGUAAUUAUGAUAUUUCUGAAAAUCUAUCAACUGCUAUGCAUACUUCUCUUGAUUUUUUACCAUCUAGUCCAACAUUAAGUGCUGUUAGUACAAAAUCUAAAGAUCGAAUAUCAAAUGGUUUUAAUGGACAUGCAUGUACAAUUCCGGGUGACAUAUCAAUUACACCAUUAUCAUUUGAGGAUGCAUAUCAUAUUCAGAUCUCCAACAAUAACCCUGCUACAGCUCCUGCUGCUAUCAAUUCCACUCCUUAUACAACAAAAUCUUCUAAAUUAAACAGUACUAUGUCUCCAAAUAUUAUAGCAAACAAUAAUAUGAUUAUUUCACAUCCACUAUCAUUUACAAGAUCUACUUCUUCGUUAUCAUCUGUAAAUACUUCCGAAACCACAUUUAGUGAUGAAGUUGAUGUUCUAACUAAAGGAAUUGAACAUACAGAAGAGUUUACUAGCGAAGAAGGAAAUUUCUUUUUUUCACCAGAUGGUGAUAAUGAGGUUGAAUUACCAAGUAAUAGUAUUAUAGAAUUGCGUAAUGGUAAAAGUAUUGAAGAACAAUACAUUGGAUGGGUUUAAUAAAAUUGAACUUUUUUUUUUAAGUUGGUAAGAUAUGCAAAUCAUUUGUAAAUUAUAAUUUUAAUUAUUAUUAUUA